GGAGUGUUCACAGGUCAGAAGCUGCAGCUGCAGUCAGAGAUAUUGUCAUUUCAGACAGUUUUAUGCUCUGUUCUCUGACCCAUCAUGAAUUUGUACGUGCUCACCCUGUCUGUUCUGUUCACACUCAGCCAACAGGUACCUUCAAGUGAAAAGUGUACAUGCGAGCUGAGUCACUCACAGAAGGUUUUUCCUCAUGACAAACUCCAAACAGCAGAAGGCAAUGCCACAGACUGCAACAGCCGCAUCACACCUCAGAAGACCCUGGAGCUGGAGAGUCUGCUGUUGGGUUUGGAGCGACGUCUCGACCAGCUGCACACAGACAUGUCGAUCCUGGAGGCGGAAGACGAUGGACAACUGUACGGAGUUCUCAGCUUGUACAUCAUUGAGAAUGAGAUGACUGAGAUAAAGCUGCUGCUGGACAAACUCAACAGAACCACGUUGGGACACCAAGACCUAACUGCUAACACCCUUCUUCAGUUGGAAGACUUGAAAAAAGAUAUGGAUGAGCUGCAGACGUUUGACUCCAUGCAGGUGGUGAAGGGACGACAGGACAACAAGCAUCUGAAGGCGGAUCUAAAAGACUGCAGGACAGCAAUCAACUCCACUGUUGCACCCACCCACCCGACGCAAGGAACCUGUCCCCAUGGCCACCUUCUGAACAUAACAGGACCGAGGGUCUACACUGCAGGAGAGUAUCCUGGCUCGUACCCAUUUGGAGCUUGGGGUCGGGACCCUGAACCAGAGGCAGGGAAAGAAAGCUGGUAUUGGCUGGUAAUGUUGACAUCCAGCAAUAUAUAUGCCCACUAUGUCCGUCUUUACUCCAGCCUCAGCGCUCUCAUCAUCGGAGUGAGCACUCCAGGUAAUGUCCAGAUCCACUCCUCUAAUCCAACCACCAACACCAUCCAGGGUCCAAACGUGGUUUUGUAUGGAGGUGCUUUGUACUACAAUUGCUACAACAAAGACGCUGUUUGCAGAUUCAACCUGACCAGCAAAACUGUUACCACUUCACAACUACCUGCAGGAACAAGGUAUAACUCCAAGGGUAACUUCUGCCGCCUUGACGAAUGCUACUCUUACACCGACCUGGACCUGGCCACAGAUGAGUCGGGCGUCUGGGUGAUCUACACCACCACCCAAGAUUAUGGCAACUUGGUUCUGUCCAAGGUGGAGGAGGGUCAGCAGCCGACGCUCGGUCAAACCUGGCAUACUUCAGUGUUCAAGCAGAGUGUGACCAACACCUUUAUGGCCUGCGGCAUCCUCUAUGCCACACGCUAUGUCAGUAAAAGCACUGAAGAGAUCUUUUAUUCAUUUGACACCUCAACAGGGAAGGAAAAUUUUAACCUUGGUAUCUUAAUCAACAAGAUGUCUUCUAACAUUCAAUCCCUCAACUACAGUCCAGUGGACCAGAUGCUGUAUACCUACUGUGACUCCAAAAUGGUCUCCUACAAAGUUUUGUUUGGGUAGACUGGUAUUUAUUGUCCUUGAGAGCCUGUCUUCAAAUAAUAGCUUAGAAGAUCUGCAUCUAUUAAUAUGCACACAAUCAUGUCAGUGGUCAUCAUAUCAUAGACAUUCUGCUUCUCUUCAACUCUGUUUAAUCAAUAAAUGAAUUUCUUCUCUGAAUUCUGCUGAACUACAAGCAUUUAAAUUAGAUAGCCAGAAACAUGUCUUUAUUUUUGUUGUUAAGUCUGUGUUGUUCAGAGUAGAUUUUCUGUAGGAGUUAAAUUGGGCAAAUUGGACUGGACUUCGCCAGCUCAUGUGACUGCUGAGAAUAAGUUCACUAGACCUUGUGAAGCAGCUAUGAUUCCACACAAAGUGUGUGUGGAAGCAAGAUGUAUAGGGCGUACAUGUUUCUGAACUGAGUAUGAAAGUGUGAAGUUCAGGCAUGUGGCAACAGUCACUUCAUGAAUAUUUCUUUGGUAAUAAACUCAUGCAAAUACAUUUGUAUCUUGUACUUUCUGUGAUGAAUUUCAAUCACAAAAAGUAAACAUUUAUAUCAUUACUAAAACAAUGAUAUGAAAAAUGAAUAACAUACUUGUGUCUUUCUUUAGUGGCAUCUGCUUUAUAGAUGGUGAAAAUAAAUCACAUCUCAGUGUA